AUGGCGGCGGCGAAGCGGAGCGUGCUGUCGUCGCUCGCGGUCUACGCCGAGGACUCGGACCCCGAGUCGGACAGCGAGGCGGGCACGGGCGGCAGCGACGGCGGCGCCGCCGCGGGGGAGAAGGGCGGCCUCGUCUCCGUGGGCUACGGCGACGACGACUUCACGCGGCUGGACGGCGACGAGGACGGCUACGAGGAGGAGGACGACGAGAACAGCAGGCAGUCAGAAGAUGACGAUUCAGAGACUGAAAAACCUGAGGCUGGUGACCAGAAGGAAUUCUCAGAACUGGAGAAAAGAGAUCCCCAGGAGCUAGUUGCCUCUUUUUCAGAGAGAGUGAGGAACAUGUCUCCUGAUGAGAUCAAAAUCCCACCUGAGCCUCCUGGCAGAUGCUCCAACCACUUGCAGGAUAAAAUCCAGAAGCUGUAUGAGAGGAAAAUAAAGGAGGGCAUGGAUAUGAAUUAUAUCAUUCAAAGGAAAAAGGAGUUCCGCAACCCCAGCAUCUAUGAAAAACUGAUCCAGUUUUGUUCAAUCGAUGAACUUGGUACAAAUUAUCCAAAGGACAUGUUCGAUCCUCAUGGCUGGUCAGAGGAUUCCUAUUAUGAGGCACUAGCUAAAGCACAGAAGAUUGAAAUGGACAAAUUGGAGAAGGCCAAGAAGGAGCGCACAAAGAUUGAGUUUGUGACUGGCACUAAGAAAGGGACGACGACGAGCGCUGCCUCGACAACCACCACAACAGCCAGUACCACUGUGGGAGAUGCACAGAAGAGGAAGAGCAAGUGGGACUCGGCCAUCCCUGUAACGACCAUAGCUCAGCCCACCAUCCUCACCACGACUGCCACACUGCCGGGUGUUGUCACGGUGACAACAAGCGCAAGUGGAUCCAAGACUACAGUCAUCUCUGCUGUUGGCACCAUUGUGAAAAAGGCAAAGCAGUGACUAGACAUGGGCUCGGGGUUUCAGACUGAGGUGUCAUUGAAGCCGUUGCCCUCAAAAGGGAGGGCAAGAUUUCCCCUUUGGUAAGAGAUGACAAGACUUUGAAGCAGAUUGCCACAAUUGCCAUUUGGAAGGAGGGGGCAGGCCCGGGCAUGCCAGCUGGGUGCCCGCAGGAACGGACAUCUGCCAAAAUUGCCACCACCUUUUCCUGCUGUGGGGAAAACCACAGCCUGUGCUGUGCCCAAGGAUGGUGGCAGGGAAAGUCAACUUGGAGAAGUUACCAUAUUAAAUGGCUGCGUUCUUCAGGCUCGAAGGUUCUUACCCUAUUUGCAAGUUUGUUUUCUUUUUAUUUUACUUUAUUUUUUUCAAAGCAAGCAGUGAAGGAAUGUCAGUAUUCGUGUGUGUUCCAGGUCUUCCCCGUGGGCUGCUGCUCGGGAUACGUGCUCCUUCGCAUGCACUAAGGCAGAAGGGAACUAGAGCAGAGGCAGUCGGUCCGUGUCUUUGUUUAAAUGUGUAGCAGAGAUUUGAGAACCAACCUACAUCUCUGAACGUGGACUCGGUCUUUGUUGUAGUACUGACAUCUGUGCCUGUGUGCGUAUCUGUGUAAUCUCAGUGACCACCCAUUAAAUAGCUGCAAUCCUAAGGAAACUGCAGGGAUUCUGUGGAGAUUUCCAUGCAGAGGCACCAAGCUGUAGAGGUCGAAGUUGUGAGCUCC